GCAACAUCAGCGUCACUCAGUCUUGCCCUGCCUCGGGAAGCUCUAAUUCCAGCACUUAUGCAUACGCUCCGGUCCGAGACGAGUUCUGUGCUAAGCGUCACAGCAGACGAGAAUUACUUCUUCAGCGGGAGCCAGGGCUAUGAUAUAUACGUGUGGGACAGACGAACACUAGCUAUGAAGACGACUUUACGUGGUCAUACCGGUAGCGUACUGGCUCUGGAACUCGCAAAGGACAAGGGAUGGUUAAUUAGCUCGUCGGGUGACAGUACCGUCAGAGUCUGGUGUACGUCACAGUUGGCACCGUUGUACAUAUUGAACCCGUACCUGGAGUCGGAUUCGGGCGACAUUUUCUGCCUUUGUUAUGCGCCGAGCUUGCAGACAGUCUACUUUGGUUGCCAAAACACUUCUUUACAAUGGUUUGACUUCACCUCCCUUGCGACUGAACAAUCGGCGUGCCCGUGUUCUGAUGGCCCUGAUGGUUUCAAUGGCCCCUUAAUUUUACGGGAGUCCGAUAUCCGUCCCGGAUCCAAGAGGAACAAAUUCUUCGCAGAUGGCAUCGCGAGUGGACAGGCAACACCAACUCCGCUGUGUGAUAAGGGCGUACCGAAACCAAAGGCUGUAUUCCAAGUGCGGAGCUCAAAUGUGAUUGAUUCCGCUCAUUAUGGAUAUGUGUACUCCAUGGCUCUGUUACCGUCACCGCUAGAGAGUAAUGCCGAAAGAGAAGACAAGGUCAUGGAUCAAGUACUUCUGAUCACCGGUAGCGGUGAUGAGACUGUCAAACUAUGGCAAUGCACCCGUUCUGGACCCGAAUUGGUUCAUACAUUCGAAGCGGAUGCUGGAGCUGUCUUGUCUCUCGUAGCCCGGUACGAGACAGUUUUUGCUGGGUGCCAGGAUGGUCACGUCAAGGUUUUCGAUUUGGGUACGAAGACACUUGUGAGGACACUUAUUGCGCAAGAGGGUGUAGACAUACUUUCGUUAUCAAUGAUCGACACGGACUUAUACAGCUGCUCGGCAAACGGACAAAUUCAGAGGUGGUCGGCAAGCUUUGAUUGUACUGCAUCCUGGCACGCACAUGAUGGGAUCUUAUUGUCGUCCGUCAUCACCCGCAGUGUCAAAAGUGAUUCUUGGCGCCUAGUCACUGGUGGAAAUGAUAAUUGUAUUAAGCUUUGGCACAUUGAAAGACCGAAGUUGCGACAAGAUAUUUCAGUAGAUAAUCAAAAUGGCCUGCAUAACUCCAUUGGCUGGCUCAGCAUGCAAGAUACGAUGUUACAUGCCCUUUCCAAGUUUAUCUCAAUACCUAGCGUUAGCAGCGAGCGUAAACAUCGCGAAGACUGCCGUCAGGCGGCAAUUUGGCUGAAGAAAUGUCUCACGCAGCUCGGUGCUGAAUCGUCUCUACUACCGACGGAAGAGGGGUGCAAUCCUCUUGUGCUAGCAACAUUCCAUGGUUCUCAAAGCAAACAGGAUCGACCCCGCAUUCUCUUUUACGGACAUUACGAUAUUAUGGCUGCUCCCUCUGACGGUUGGAACACUGACCCAUUUAUCUUGACUGGUCGAGAUGGUUACUAUUAUGGUCGUGGUGCGACCGACAACAAGGGUCCGAUUCUUGCGGCUGCAUGCGCUGCGUCAGAGUUAUUAUCACAUCGUGCACUUGGGUGCGAUAUCGUGUUCCUCAUUGAAGGGGAAGAGGAAGCGGGCAGUGUUGGAUUUGAUGCUGCUGUGAGGCGAAACAAGGAGAAGUUUGGUCGUAUCGAUGCAAUACUUGUUAGUAAUUCGACUUGGAUAAGCGAGGAUCGACCAUGUAUCACGUACGGCAUGCGUGGUGUAGUUCAUUGCAGCAUUGAAAUUUCGAGUGGACUACCUGACCUUCAUUCCGGUGUGGAUGGAGGCGCUGUAAGGGAACCUAUGUUUGACAUGAUCGGACUCCUGUCUAGGCUUUCGGAGGGACAGCAUGUUCUUAUUCCCGGAUUCUACGAUGCCGUCCAGCCAAGGACCGAAAAGGAGUUUGACCUUUACAAGCUGCUCUCUACAGUAACCGGGGAAGCAGCAUCUUCGUUUACUGCAAAAUGGAGAGAACCGUCGCUAAGCAUACAUAGUCUGGAGGUGUCUGGUCCCGGAAAUCCCACCGUCAUUCCUGCGAAGGUGAAGGCCAAAAUCUCAUUGCGCAUUGUUCCCAAUCAGCACUUGGAUACAAUUGCUUCUUUACUUCGAGAACACCUACUAAGUUCAUUCGAAGCCGUCAAAUCACCCAAUAAGAUUAAGGUAAACAUCGACAAUGCUACGGAUUGGUGGCUUGGCGAUGUUGAAGGAGACUGGUUCAAAGCGCUGGAGAAGGCAAUCAAGGAUGAAUGGGGUGUCACACCACUUCGGAUCCGUGAAGGCGGCUCUAUUCCCUCCGUUCCGUAUCUCGAGAAGGAGUUCAAAUGCCAAGCGUUGCACCUCCCGCUUGGCCAGAGUACCGAUCGAGCCCAUCUAAAUAAUGAGCGUAUUUCCUUGGAUAACCUGCGCCGAGGGAAAUCUGUUAUCGAGCGCUUCUUGAAGGCCAUAUCGACAUAAAGGGUAUGAAACUCUCAUGAGUGUUGUUAAACUAUCAUAGCAUCCGUAAUCUAUUGGAGAAGCCUUAUAACCUCUUUUCGCAACAUAUAGUACUACUACUAGCUCCUCUUAUGUUUUAUCGUUAUCAAU